AUGAAAUUUUUUGUCGCUUUGUUACUCUCGCUCCUACUCAUCUCGACGCCGACUAUUGCUAGAUCGGUCAACGGAUCCAGCCUCCAAAAGGUAGACAAGAGAAAUUCUGACCCACGUCACUUUGGCUUUGAAUGCGGCUCAAGGAAAUACAAGCUGUCUACAUGCAUUGAUGUCGUGAAAGAUGCCUGUGAGGCACACUCAAAUGUUAGAAAGCCAAAAAAUAUCGUACUCAAUUACACGAUGGCAAAGCAUCCUAUGGAAUUUAUUAGGGCUCAAGAAUUUGGAUAUCCAAAUAAUACAAUGAUAGUAGAGCUACCUCUAUCACUUUUUGAAAUAUUAAACCUAAAUUACGUUGCAUUUUCGCCGAUGGAUUGUAAGAUUCUUGGUGUUGUAAGCAAAAAUGAGGAUUGGUUUUACACAACUUCAUUUAAAGCGUGUAGACAUACUUCGUGGCCGUUUAACUGGUUAGAAAAGUAA